UCAGCUCGCAUUUUAUAAUACAUAAUAUAUUUUAAUGUGGGCAGCCAUUUCAUCUAAUCAGACUAACUUUAUGCUACAUUAUAAAGUACAUUUUCACUUUUCCCUUCUGACACAAUUCAUUAUUUUGUAGAAUGCAUUUGUUUUCCGUCUACUGAUAGCAAGUGAAGACCAUCCAGAUCAGAUCUGUUUAAAAUAAUAUCAGCCAAUCUUCAUCUAAGGUGCAUCAAGUUUUCUCCUCUGUCCACAUCCAGUGAGAUUAGCUACAGUGACAUAGGUUGCAAACUUCUUGAUUAUGUUGCACACUGUGGACAAAGGAACAUCUAGAUCUCUGGAGAUGGACUUGUAACCUUGAGAUUGUUGAUAUUUUUCCACAGUGUUGGUUCUCAAGUCCUCAGGCAGUUUUCUUCUCCUCUUUCUGUUUUCCAUGCUUAGUGUGGCACACACAGACACGCAAUGCAAAGACUGGGUCAACGUUUCUCCUUUUUAUCUGCUUUCAGGUGUGAUUUUUAUAUUGCCCACACCUGGUGAGUUUAAAGGAGCAUGCUUGAAACAAAAAAAAGUGUUUCCGGACACUAGAGAGGGUUAGCAAGAUUGAGGGCAAUGUAGUGUCUGUAGUAUAAAGUCUUGAUACCUUAGACAGAGUUAGCAACCUCCAUAUCUGGCAUUGAUAUUCAUUAGCUGUUACAUUACCAGCACCUUCACUCUGAAACUAGAGUUUCAAUACUUAUUGUUAUUGAAAUUAUUAUUGAUCAGGAGUUUAAUCUAUGUUUAACAGACACAUGGAUUAAAUCAAAGAAGUAUGUAGCAUUAAAUAAACCUAGUGCAUCUGGAAUUAGUUAUUUCAAUUCAAUUCCAAUUAAUUUAUUUCUAUAAUACGUUUAACAAUGUAUUACAGUUGUCUCAAAGCUUCACAGAAAUAUAGAAACAUAAUAGAAUAAAAAAGUUUAAACUUAAAUUAUUAUUUUUUCCUAAAGAGCAAGCCAGAGGCAACCGGGCAACGAAAAAACCCCUGCGAUCAUUUAUGAAUAAAACCAGGCUACCAGGCUCAGAAGGUCAUGUCCACUAUAACAGCCCAGCCUUUACCCCAUGGUCUGGAAAGAGAAAAACACAUUGAGAUGCAUUUAAGAGCUUUUCACCAGAGGUGGAGUACCUCUAUGGACCCUCAGGAUCUCACUACUACUCCAGCACCAAGAGAAAGUCCACUCUAUGGAUAUCUAUCACCCACAUUCCAAGCUCAAGUCUUGGACACAAACAAGAAAAAAGAAGAGCAGUGGGCCACAGAGACACUACCGGCAGGUCUGGCUGCUCUGGCAAAAGUUAGCCAAAUACACAUAACUGCUAUACCUGAGCUUCAGGGCCCCCAGUGCAUUUCCCGCAGGAUGUAUAGUAUUGCUGCAGAAACCAAGCAACUGUUUCUGGCUGCGGAAGAGAGCUCAUGUGUUUGCAUGCAAUGCUGUGGACCUGCCCGUGCCUGCUCUUUGCAGGGUUUUGACCAGGAUCGGCAGAAGAUGUUUCUAUUUGAAAGGCCACUUAGAGCAGAUAUGUGCUGCCUGGGCUGCUGCCUGAUGGAGAUGAGGGCUUACACAGCACAGGGGGAGCUCAUUGGCACUGUCCACCAGAGGUGGAGUAUGUUCACACCCUACUUUGAGGUGUGUGACUCUGCAGACUGUCCCUUCCUGAGGAUACAAGGCUUCUGCUGUCCGAUCCGAUGCCUUUCUGACCAGGAGUUUCAGGUUGUUUCCAUGAUCGGUGAGCACAUUGGAACAGUAUGGAAGAAGUGGCCAGGGUACAACGUUGACAGUUACAACAUGGACCAUGAACAUUUUGGGUUGGAUGUCUCUCAGAACAUGAAUGUGAAAACCAAAGUGUUACUUCUAGCAGGUACAUUUCUUCUGAAUUACAUGUUUUUUGAAAUGAGCUGAAACAAAAGAGAACAAUUGAAAACCAGCAGCGAUGGACUGUAAACACUGUAUAUGUCAGCUACUGUAUGGCUUUAUAAAACUUUGAAAUAUUAGGAUGGCAUGUAUAAUUUUGAUAGUAAUAUCUGUGUCAUUAAACCACAGUUACAUUAACCAAAAUGCUUUUUAAAAUAUAACCAUUUAUUUAAACUAUUAUUUCAAUUAAUUCUUUUAAAACACCUUACUGAUAACUAGUUAUUUGCAGUCCAAAGACAAAAAAAAUUCAACAAUACUUCUCUCUACUCAUUUAACAAAUUUGUCAUUAAAAUUCAGUGAAUUUUUAUUGCUUGGGAUACUUUUACUGUAGCACAUGGACCAAAACUGAUCAUACUUUUUAAUUGGCCUUUUAAAUCCUUUUACAGUCUUUCUAGAUUUUAAAUAAAGACAGUGAGAAUAACAGCAUACAAGUCACUUUGUGUUUUUGAAACAAUUUCUUUGUUGAUUUACAUGCUUAGUGCAUUUGACAUUAGCUGUAGACAAGCCUGGCAGAGGCAAAGUUUUUUUAACUACAAUAUCCUGGAACGUCUGUAAAAUUCAUGCCACUGGUCCUAACAAGGGCCCCUGGAUCACAGGCCAUAAAACCUGAAUGAUCCC